AAACCUGAGCUGCAUCAGGAGCUGCUCGGUCCCUCCAACUGGGUGCGACGUUCAAUUCUCGUUGAUGCAGGUCGUGAUGGACCUGGUGCUAUUCACUCGAGGCCGGCUGCCGAACGCCACCGGGAGCCCGUCUCCUCACAGGGGCGUGGGCCUUGCAGUGGAGAACGGCCCCGCAGGAAUGCAUACGGAGCCCCUGUUGGGAGCAAGCAGGCGCCAGCUGCCAGUGGAUGGCAAUGGAUGCUGCGCCGCCUGGUCCUCUUUUUGGUAUCGAUCUUGGGCAACGACUCUGACAGAAGAGUAUCUGUCUUCACCUGUCAGCCGGCGCAGGCUCUGGAAGUACUACGGCUUCGGUGUGACGUGGUGCCUGAUCGGGGACGUCGUCUACGCCCUCGCCCGCCCGUCAGUCCCAGAAUGCACGGUGGCGGAUUGGACCUGGUAUUCCAUUGUUGCUUAUUAUGUGUGCGAAUAUGCCCUGGCAAUCUUGUUAGCGCUCCUUCCCGUGACGACGUUGAAAUCAGAUUCAGUAGUGCUAACUUAUUUGUUUCUUGAACUUUGGUUGAGUGUGGAAAUUUGGCAGCAAAACCAUGAGGGGAAUUAUGACAUUGAACAUUUCCCUUGGCUGGCAGCCUUGGUGUGCAGAGUAGUUUUGUGUCAUGCUGCCGGCUUCCAUUCUCUGUUCGUCACAUUUUACGCCGCUUGCUGUACAUUGUAUCUUUGUUUGGUCUCUGGGAGCUCUGCGCCUGAGGCUGGCUGCCAAGUAGGUAUGAUCACAAUCGUGAUGAGUCUGUUCGAGUGGCUCUUGGCACUGUAUUUCCACGAGUUGAGGGAGCAGCUGGGCGCUAUGCAGACUUUGCUCGACAAAGCGACUGAUGGCUACUGCACGGUGAAGAGGCAGGUGGGGACCAUCUCACACGUCAGCGACAGUCUGCAGCUUCUCUUUGGCGCAGACCUGCGGGGAACGCAGAUACUGGACGCCGUCGGCCCGGAGGACCGCUGGAAGGUCGCGCGCCUGUGCGACGCGAGCCAGUGGGACGUGGUAGAGCCAGUGCUGGCCACCUUCACCCAGGCUCUCGGCGAGGGGCGGCAGCCGCUGGAGUUCGACGCGCGCCUGGUGCCCUAUCGGGCCACUGGGGCGGACGUACACAUUGGCGUCCAGAGAGUCGGCGAGGUAAGGAUGGCCAAGAGGGGCCUCGCCGAGGAGGUCGCGGGCCCCAGGGGUCCUGGCCCCUCGGACGCCAGACCGCUCGACCGCGGGUGCUCGAGCCGGGAGAGCCGAGAAGUGGAUCGCCUGGUUUCUCCCUUGCCAGCUUUCCAAGAAGAUGCGCGCGCACAGCCGGCAGCUGUGGGCGAGGGCGGGCGCGCGCCGAUGCAGAACGGCGCGACCAGCAGUGGCGCAUCCCAGAGUUCGACAGAGACGGUAGACGAGAUACACAUUUCGUUCGACUCUGGCCACCCGAACUUCCUCAUCAGCGACGACGGCUGCAGUCGUCACUUGUUGCCUCGUCAGGGGCAGCUGGUACGCUGGUUCCCACGUGUUGCACGAGACCGGGUCGAGAAGUGGAUCAUUAACGCAGUGAACAGCAGUGUCGAGCUUGGGGUUUGUUCAGAGUAUCUUGAACAUGUUGAGCUUGUCAUCCCCCCAGCACCAGCAGUCAAAGUCGUAGCAAAGCGAGCUUUCAUCCUAGUCGAGGAGCUUGAGGAGAGCGACACAGGUGCAAUUUCGUUACCAGCCACGCUGUGCUUGAAGGAUGUGGUGAUUUCGCGGAAGCAUUAUUACACUACCCGUGCCAAGGCUCAUUACAGUCAGGAUCUAUCCGCCAUCGCUGAGGAUCUGCAUCCCGAAUUCGAUGGCUCAUCGAUGAACAGCAGUGAGGGUGUAAGCCCAUCUGACAGCGCGUCAGUUGUCAUGUCGAAAUUCCAUCAGAUGGCUCUCCAAGGGACACCCAGUUCUUCUUGACGCUCCGCAUCUCCCCUCCAGGGUCCAUCAGCGACCUCCAGCCUCGAUCAUCCGACUUUCCACCUCCACCUCCACCUAUCGACCUCCAGCGUCCACAAGCUCAACACUCCGACCUCCAGCCUCCAGCAUCCGACUUUCCACCUCCACCUCCACCAAUCGACCUCCAGCGUCCACCAUCUCAGCACUCCGACCUCCAGCCACCAGCAUCCCGACUUUUCCACUUCCACCUCCACCUAUCGACCUCCAGCGACCACCAUUUCAGCACUCCGACCUCCAACCUUCAGCAUCCGACUUUCCAUCUCCACCUCCACCUGUCGACCUCCAGCAUCCGACUUUCCACUUCCACGCCCAUCUAUCCGACCUAUCACUCCCACCUCCACCCAUUGGACUCCAGAAUACACCAGACGCCCCAAAAUUCUACGUUUCAUACCAUUUUCAUCCAGAUCGACCGAUAGUCCCAGGCCGACUACUGAGGGCUCUGGACCCCCGCGCCGCCCUCCAGGGGCGGUCCCGCUGGACCGGCAUCGCGCGCUCGCUCGCUCGCACCAGUCCGUCCAAAAAUAGCUUCAAGAUGGCCUUAAUCGCUAUCUUCUCCCCUCUCCUUCCCUCGCUGCACCUGUGCUCUUUGCAGUGCCGCGUCUGUCCAUGAACCGCCAUGCACGGCUGAACUUUUUUACCAUACCUUUGCUUAGCGCCUGUCGGCAUUUCUGUGCGCGAGCGUUUAAAUCUACCUCUGGACAUGGUGUCCGAGUGCGAACAAAAAU